CGCCUCCAAAGGAGAAACCUUCCCAGGCCAAGGUUUGGCCAUACCUGGCUAUGAAGUUCCCAUCCUCAUCACAUAAGCACCAUCCCAAACCGCAACGCUCUGGCCAAACUGCACAUAAUCAAUGAAUUUUUAUGGUUGAUUAUGUGGGCAACGGUUUAUCCGUUUUAUUUUUAUUUUUCUAUUCACAACAGGCCCGUCGACGCCAAACGGGAGCAGGUUGCUCUGCAGCAGAAGUCUUUACCGUUCUCUCCAUCUGCGCCGGGGACCAACCCAAAACAAAGGAUUUUGCUCUAUACAUGAUAUCUUUUGCAGGUGAGGAAAUGUUCUGCCACAACCUUCUAUUUCUUUCGCACCAUAAGGCUCAACACCCCCCAAAUCAGAUUUUCCAAAUCUUCCCUUCUUCUUGUUUGAAAUUCAUGUUUAAGUUGCUCCAGAAAGUGAUUACCUCCAUAGCCGGCCCAACUCCAGGAGACUGACCUCCACGCUUCUUGAGCAAUGGAACAUGAUCGGAAAAUAUGGAAUAAUGAUUCCCCAUCCUCACCGCAUAAUCCACAGCUCGCUCAGCAAUUCACCCGCCGAGACAUUAGCAUUUCCUUGGUUGGUAAGCAUCUGCUACAAACCUGCCAAAAAAAAGAUUUUAAUUGUAGGAGGAAGUCUCCAAUUCCACAUACCAGUUCAUCCCGUCCAAACGUCGGAAUUAAGCUCCCCAAUUAGACGCCUGUAGCAGGCUAGCUGCUCCUGACCGAAAAGGCGAAAACCUGGGGGGAUACUUCGGACUAGAGCAGCAUCCCGGCCCGUAAAAAUGUCAUCGAGAAUGUCCUCGUCCCAAGCCUUGCCAGUAUCGUCCAUGAGAUUUCUCACCACAGCCUGCUGCAAGCCUUCCCCCGCCAUCGUGCUAACCCUGCGGAUUUAUUGGGUCCUUAAAAAAAGUUAAACUUACAGUCUAAUCAAUGGAUAAUGUUGCAGAUCUUAAUUAUCUAAUCAAGAUUGGGGUGUUCAUAAACAUCAAGAUGGAGAAUUUAUCAUUCAAGUAUGAAGUAAUAUUUCACCAACCAAUAUUCAUUUGAGUUGUCUCUGGAUAUAGUAUUCUAUGACAUCAAAUUUCAUUGGAUUUUGCUUUCUCAUGUUUUUUUACAUCAGUAAGGUUGUAAGGGUAACUAACCAGAAAAGUUGCAGCGCAGAAAUUGAUUAAAUGUAUAUCCUAUUUACGAAAAGUUUGCCAAAACAGAAUCACAAACAAGUUUAGUGUGAUAAAUUUAGGUAAACUAAAAUAAUCUAAAAUGCAAGUACCAGUUAUGACUUAUAACAAUUGUACUUUGCCAUGACAACAUUCAUUUUCAUUUACCCCGGUGCCGCAAAGGCUCUCACCUACGGUGGGGUAAGGGGGGGUCAGAUGUACGCAGUCUUACCCCUGUACUAAAGCACAAAGAAACUGUUUCCGGAUGACCCAUAGUGAAAAUCGCGUCCAAAAUUGCCAUGUAUCUUGGUCAAAAAAUGACUCUUUCUAUGGGGUUGAGACUGAGGAGGUAAUAUAUUUCCAAUUAUAUAGUGGAAGCAUUGUUUUGAUUAACGUUGGGAUUUGUUUUGUUUAUUCAUAGUAAAGCUAGUAUCUAGUAUAACUCCCAAAAGUGAUAUUUUUUAGUUGAUGAUAUGAAAUCUUAUAUUGCCUAUUCAUAUCCCUGCUGUAUCCUUUCAAUACCUAUGCUUCUAAUGCUAUUAUAUGUUGCUGUUAUAAUCAUCAACAAGGCAAGCCGUUUUAUGCUCACGUGAUUUUCUUGCUACUGCUGACGCAUUUCAGCAACGUUCGGUGUUGGUUACAAGAGCCAUUUGAUGUUCAUUUGGAAAU